AUGUGGAGGCAGGGCGCCCGCCGCGCGUUGCCUUCGCUGGUGCGUGGUGUGCGCAGCGCCUCCACGGCCGCGGCGGUCGCCCCAGCCGCGCCUGCGGCGCAGUCGUCCGGAGGAUGGCUGUCGGGCCUGCUGGGGGGGGCGGGGAGCGGGGUGCCAAUGACGGACGUCUUGCCCGGGUGGGCGGAGCCCGCGCGACGGGAGCCUCCGGCCGCGCCGCCCAAGACGGAGCUCACCACUCUUCCUAACGGAUUUCGCGUCGCCAGCGAGGACUCUUGGGGUCCCACUGCUUGUACUGCUCUUGUCGUUGGCUCUGGUAGUGUGUAUGAGACACCGGCAGUGUCAGGCAUCUCACACAUUCUCGAGUAUCUUGCAUUCAAGGCCACCACCAACCGGACCCAUUUCCGAAUUGUGAAUGAGAGCAUGGGAUUUGGUGGCAAUAUGGUUGCAGCAGCGUCCAGGGAACAGAUGUACUACAGCAUCGAUUGUCUGCGGACACAUGUGCCAGAAGCAUUGGAGCUUUUGUGCGACUGUGUCUUGAACCCCAGAUUUGCAGAUUGGGAAGUGGCAGAUGCGAUGAAACGGCUGAGGGGCGACUUGGAAAACAUGAAAAAGAAUCCACAAGUUAUGCUCACAGAGGCCCUCCAGAGUGCCGCAUACCAGGGAGCACUGGGCUGGCCCCUCAUAGCCUCAGAGAACAGCCUGCAGUCCAUUACCUCCAAGGACUUGCACGACUUUGUAGCCAGAAACUACACCGCGGAUCGUAUGGUGCUGUCAGUGGCUGGCGCUGACCACCAGGAGGCGUUGAAGAUUGUGGAGCCCAUGUUGUCCACAGUGGCAGCAGGGACAAAACCCAGCCCUCCUGCGUCAACAUACGUUGGCGGCGAGGCUCGAAUCCCAACAACUGAUCCAAUGACCCAUGCCAUCCUUGCAUUCGAUUCCCCAGGGGGGUGGCAAGACCUCAAGGCAGCCUCCACGAUGACUGUGCUUCUGUACAUGAUGGGUGGUGGUGGCAGCUUCUCUUCAGGAGGGCCUGGAAAGGGCAUGCACUCCAGACUGUAUCUCAACGUGCUUACCAGGUACAGCUGGGUCCACAACUUCUCAGCAGUCAGCACAGCCUUUGAUGACCGUAGCCUGACUGGGGUGUAUGGGGCUGCACCUCCGGAGCACGCCGGGCAGCUUGUGGACAUCAUGGUGAAGGAGCUGCAGGACCUGGCCACCAAAGUGAGUGAAGAGGAGCUGAACAGGGCCAAGACGGCGUCUGUGGCGUCUGUGCUGAUGACCCUGGAGCAGAAAGCUGUGGUGGCGGAGGACAUAGGGAAGCAGAUAUUGACAUAUGGCCACCGGAAAUCCGCCAACGAAUUCUGUACAUCGUUGAUGGGCGUUACAGAUAAGGAUAUCACGGGCAUGGUAUCUUCCAUGCUGAAACAGCCGCCGUGUUUGGUGACCAUGGGGCAGGUGUCGGGCAUUCCGCGCUACACAGAUGUGGCCAGACGGUUCGCUUAG